AUGGACGCCUUGGUCUGUGCGUUCUCUGAGCUGCGCAUAGGAGAAGGGGGCUCAGGAAGGGGUGUGGCUGUUGUGGCCCUGACCACAGGCACUGGCAGGAAAUGCUUGGGUGUCAGACUCCCCACAGGCUGGGAGAGGAGUCCAAGAUGGAGAAGAUGGGAGGGUGGGGAGGCGGGAGGGGGGGGGCAAAGGCUGUGCCACUCCCACCAGCCUGCCCCUCCUGCUCUCCCGUUCACAGAUGCAGUGAGCUGGGCCCAAGGACACCCCAGCCACCCUGACACGCCACCCAACAUCUAUGAGGGGGGGCUGGGGGCCCAGCAGCAGUGCCCCAGUGCCCAGGGAAACAAACCCAAGAACUUCCGGCUGCGCCAUCUCCGGGGCCUGGCCCUCUACCUGCCGGGCCCCGUGAGGCCCGCGGGACAGUGCGAGAGCCACUGGCUGGGCCGGCUCAUGGCCGAGGGGGGCUUCCCACAGCCCGAGGCUGCGGCCUGGCCUCUGGCCCGGCCACCCGGGGCGGUGGGCCCAGGGAAUAGUCACCACUCAGCCCUUCUGGAAGCUCCAGUGCCCGGGGAGAGCCUGGGGAACCCAGCUUCCAGUUCCAGCAUGGACCAAGCCAAGGAUGUCCCCUCCCAGCCCGGUCCCCCUGAAGGCUUAGGACUCAGGCCCAAGCGGUCCUGGGGGACCUCAGAAGAGUCCACAUGUCCCUUGUGCAAGAGAACCCGCUCAGGGGCCCCGGAGAGGCCGUAGGCGCCAUGUGCCAGGGCUGGGUCUCCCAGCUUGACCAGGGGGAACAGAAAGGCCCCAGGGUGGACAAGCCUUUAGAGGAAGGUCUGGCCCCACCAGGAGCCGCCAGAGGUGCCCGACCCUGUGCUGCCGUGUGGGCCCACCUCGAGAAGAUUACAGGGGAGGCAGAGGCAGCCCUUCGGGAAGGCCAGAGACCAGGUCAGGGCUUGCCCUUGCAGCCCCAUUGGCCACUCGGACCUGGUGGCAAGGCUGAGCACAGAGCGGGGCUCCCCAGAGGCCGGAAGCUCAGAUUCCACCUCAAUAAAAGCCAAGGUGGCACGCCCAUGUCUGUCUUCAGGCUCCUGCGGGCCAAAGAGCCACCCAGCUCUGCCUCAGGCUGGAACCUUCCAGGGAACAGCCCUGCCCCCACAGCUGCUUCCUGAACACCGGGGUGGGCCACCUUCUCUUCACCUGGCAUGCUCCUGCCCUGGCCCAUCCGCCCAGGCCCUGCCAGGGGCCACGGUGUGACCCUAAGGCCUCACCAGACCUCGUCAGUCACAGGUCACGCCUCAAGCACAGCCCCUGACAAGCCCCUCAGGUGAUGCCCAGGGCAGGAACAGCCCAGGCCUGCGCUAGGCUGCUGUGUCCAGUCCACCUGGCUCCUGGACUGUCUGAAGGGACCCAGGCACAGCCGAUCCCCAGAGCAGCUGAGGACACGUUGACACCCCACCUACAGCAGUGCCAGUCCUGACCACUGUGCUGAGUUGCCUGCAGAGCUCCCGUGGCCAGGCCGGUGUCCCGGUGUCACUUGGCUGAACCAUGGCAGCUGCAGAGGCCUCCUGGGCAUUAGCCACAGCUGUGACUACAGGGCAGAUUCAUGUGGGUUUAUUUGUCAUGAGACCAGAUGCUAUGAUCCAUUCACUCUAGGCCGGGCGCAGUGACGCUGUGGGGUGCAGGGGUGAGGGAGUGGGGCAGGGCGAGGCCUGCAAGCUCAAUUACCAAUGUCCAAGGCAGAACCCUCUAGAAGACACUUCCCUUGGGGUAGAAGAAAAAUCACAUGAUCACCACUGAUUGGGAUUAGCAGCCACCAGCCUGGUCCCAACAGGAAGCUGAGGUCAGGGCCCAGGGCGGUUCACCUUCACGCCCGGCCAGGAGGUGGGAACAAGGGAAGGACCUGUCAUGGUGCCCAGCGGUGCCCGUGUCCGCCCCUCAGUCUGGCGUGAGGACUGUGACCCCGGGGCUGCAGCCCUGGCCCUGCCACCCAGGAGGAUGGCAGACAGCAAACCGUUGCGGUGCGGGAUGCAGGGGAGUGAGAGCGAGCGAGCCGCAUCUCGUGUGUCUCUGGAAGCGGAGGGACACAGGCACAGGAUUGUCCCCGGGCCCGAGGCCAACAGCUCCCAGGCUUCCUCCUGUUUCUGCCUGGGGGCUGGGCCCAGCCCCUGACGCAUCUCAGCCUGGCUCCUGGCACAGCUCUGUGGCACAACACCUGCCGGGACCCCCAAGCAGCGCCGCACUGGGCAGCAAGCAGGGCCCCUGUCCAUGUCCGGGCGCCGAGCCCAGGAGACCAGGUCCACCAGGUGUCUGUGCACUCUGUCCUCUAUGUGGCCCCUGUUCCCAG